AUGGCAAAAAAUGCAUCGAAAAUAAUUGUGUGGGAAGUGAGUUCAUCAGUUGAUUUAACAUUUGACGUGACGAUAGCGCAUAAAACGAUUUUUAAUUUGGAAAUUCAAAACAAAAUAUCGGAUGUGAAGGGAACUUUUGAUUCAGAAGGAUCACUUUUUAUUGCGCACGCAACUGGAAUUUGGCAUAUUAAUCCGUCUCAAAAUAAAAUUUUCAAAAUAAUCAAUUUUCAAGAAACGAUCAAUGCUAAUCUCAUUCCUGUUAUCAGUUACAAAAAUGGAAUUGUUGUCGGUGAUUUUCAAUCGAAAUUGAAUUUUUUUAAAAAAUCGGAAAAUGACUGGUCUAUCAUAUGGGCCAUUGACUUGAACUAUACACCAGCGAUAUUGAUGAGUGUAGAUAUCAGUUCAAUUGUUUUACUCUCAAUAGAUGGCAUUGUCGAUAAGUUACAUGAGCAGAAAUCCAAUGGAAUUUUAAAUGCAAUUACUACGUUGAAACGGGUUGUAAAAAAAUGUAUUCUCAUCAAUCCACGCGGUACUUUUUUGAUGUUACAAACAAAUUUGGAUGAAAUAAUCGUGGUGCAAGCUGAAUCUGGUCUCGAAGUUUCAAAGUACGCUUUGAGUGGCGUAAGUUGCAUUGAGUCUCACGAAACAUGUUCGAUUGUUGGUGUUGCUACAUCAUCCGGUACAAUAUUAUUCUUGGAAAUUGAUGAACGGGGCAAUGCUGAUCUCAUAGCAAAAUAUAAUUUAACUUCGUCCAAAAUUGUUUUUAUUAAAUUUAUACCGAACUCCACGAUCUCAAUUGCAAUUGACAAUGAAAACGGUUUAUUCGCAAUUAAAAGAGAAACGAAUAAUAAUGAGGAUAUUAAAAAGUUUAUUGUACUCGAACGUAGCUACUUGGAUUAUUCGAUGGUGAAAAUAAAUGGAAACCUCUAUGCGCUAAUGUUGCAUGAAAAAUGUGGAAUUGGUUCAAAUGAAUCACAAUCUAGUAUUUUUGAUUAUCUUACAAUUGAAGAAACAACACAGUAUUCACAUCAAUUACAAACAAUUCCAAUGAAAAACCACUAUUCGGCCGCACAAUUUCAAUAUUAUGAUGUAAAUAAGUUUAUAUUAUGCGCACGAUUGACAGAUAUCGAUAUAGUUCAAUGCAUUUGUGGUGAAAAUGGUAAAAUAGAAAUGAAUAUACAACAGACAAUCCCAACUACACAUUUAUUUGGUCCAAUAAAAUUCACCGUGAACGCAUCGUCGAUUUUAACAUUUGGAUGCGAUGGUCAAAUUCAAUUGUGGGAUAAGAAUUCGAUGCGAUUGGUUAAAUCAGUAAUCGCACAUGAUAAAUUCUCAAAAGGUGUCAAGGAUGCGAUUUUUGAUCCGUUACAAAGAUAUUUGGUGACACUUAGUUGUAGUGAGAAUGUGAUAUGUUUUAAAAAUAUUACGAAAACUUUCGAUUUUACAUGGAUAAAUGCCCCAUUCGAAUCGCAAACGGAGAAAAUUGAAAUAGUCAACAUUGAUGAAAUGUUAGAAUCAUCCCCAGUCGAAUCAUGGAAAAACGUUGAAUUGGCUCGUUUGUCCAAAGAAGAAUGUGAAAAUUACAAAUCUCAAUUAGAUGAAAUGCAACAAGAUUUAGAUCGAAUCAAAACAACGAUUGUCAAUUACAUAGAUAUGAAUGAAAAUGAACCGCAAGAGGAGCAAUUUCCGAUUCAGUUUUUCAAUUUGAAUGCAACCGAGGCCGACAUCAAAAGUGGCGCCCUAAAAGAGCAAAUCGAAUUGGAACGCGAAAUGUUGGAAAAGACAUUCGCCGAUGAAAAAGCAAGAAUUGAGAAUAUAAAACGAAUUAUUUGGGAUUGUUUUGAAACAAAGCCGCAAAAAGUGCAUGGCAUUUUCACCGAUAUUUUCAUACAAAAUUUUCCACUCACUGCGUUGGAUGAAAAACUUGGCGAUGAAAACAAUUUGAUUAAAGUGCUUGAGAAUCCAGAAUUAUUCGCUCAAAUUUGUAAGCUUAAACCAUGGAUUCAUCCGAAUAUUGUGAGCAAAGAGCAUAUUCAGUGGCCAGAAAGCGAAAUACAAUCGACAAAAACCACCGAUCGCUUCAGCACAUUCGCAUCGAAAAUAAUUGACCAACAAUUGACAUCAAAGGUAAAUUUAGAUUAUAACUUCUUCAGCAUAUUGCCAAUGGCACCGGAAAACGUUGACAUUCGUGAUGAACACGCGGUGAAUACGUACAAUAUAAAAAUCUAUCAUAAUAUUGUUCGGCUGAAGAAACUAUUCAAUGACAUGUUUGUGAAAAUGUCGAAAGUAAAAGACAAUGAAAUGGAAUUGAUGGCACAGCGUAAUGAACGUUUGGAUCAAAUUCAUAAAGAUAUUAACCUUUUGCAGCGACUUAAUGCCGACGAAAUUACACAAUUUGAUCCAAUACAAAAAUGCGACUAUUUUAAAGAUGAUAGUACGCAUUCGACAAUGUUGGCCAUUUCAACUUACAACAUAGACUCACAGUUUGAUGACAUUUCCGAACAAGAUUCCGCCAAAUCAUUGAAAACAACUCGAAAUCAGUCAUUUUAUGAACGAGCUUUAGACGAUAUGAUGGACGGUGUUCUGCAAGUUUGUUGGGAAGAUGAAUUGAAAAAAGAACCACCAAAACCACCAUGCAUGUUACAAAAUAUUCCAGAUUCUCAGUUCACCGCAGCGGAAACGGCACAAAUUGACAAAUACCGUGAGAAAAUAACCAAAAUUCGAAUGGAUCGUCGUGAAUAUAUUGGCAAAUUAUUUGAAGAAAAGAGUGCUUUAGACACUGCCAUUGAAUUGAUGGUGAGCAAAUUGAAUCGAUGCUUGGAAAAUAUCAUUAAAACCAAAGUGAAGGCACAAUUUGCCAUCUCGUCUGAACAACUCAAAAUUUUAACUUGCGUUCGAGAUCACCUGAAAUUCAAGGGAUUUUGCAAAAAAGAGAAACAAAUUCAUUUGGAAAAAGAACAAUUGAAGUCGGAACUGAAUAAUCUUAUGAAAAUCCAACAAAUGUUAGAUCAAAAUGUCGUUGCAUCAAAGAUCAAUUUCGAAGAAUUGACGGCAAAAGAUCAGUCAUUAGAUAAGCAAUUUCGCACCUUUUUCUCAGAUAUUGUAUCAGCCGCUGUUAUUGAUCAGGCAUAUCGCAUUUUUAAACGACGUCCGAAAGGUCGUUUAACCACAUGUCAAUCGUCUACUAUUCUUGCUGCUAUGAUUAAACGUGUUAAUACCAUAAAUAAAAAACAUCAAGACGAAACAUUAUUAUCAGAUGAGUGUAUACAAUAUUUACAGUCUCUUGAUGCGAACGAUAAAUUUAGCAAUGCACCAAAUUCAAUUGAUCAAUCGGCAUGGAAUCAUUUAUGCAAAAUGCGAAGAACGAAAAUUGAAACUGAGUUUAAGCUAAGACAUGCAACAGUAAUCUUGGCUGAAGCUGAAUCCAGUCUUGCAACAAACAAUAAACAACUCGGCACAAAAAGAGCGCUUCUCACUCAAUUAGACAAUAAACUGUAUGAAGUCAGAGAGGCAAAGGAAAAUUGUGUGUUCAAUCGAAAAAAUCAAAUGGUAUUCAAACUUGGUAACAUUAAAAUACCGUUAACUGGUGAAAUGGAUAACUUUGACGCAACAACGAUAUUGAGCAAAUCUGAAUUGGCCCUAACAAAUUCAUUGAUACAGGAAGCUGCAGUGAAAAAGUUAAAAAUUAAGCAACAGGUCGAUUUAUGCCAUCGUCGCGUUGCCUAUUACGAAUGGAAACAGUCAAUGUUACAAAUGACAAUAGAGGAUUAUAAAAUCAUUCUCAAACGAAUCGAAAAGUGCAGUAUCACAAAAGACGUGAAGCUAUGGCUACACGAAAAAAUGGCGGCCAAACCAAAGAAAAUCAAAAACCAAAUCCAUCAAGAACCUUCGCCUGAUGAACACAAAAAUGACACGUCGAAUACAAUAAGUGCACUAAUGAAACGAAUCGAACAGAUCGAAACGGUUGUGUCAAGAGAACGUAAAAAGAAUAACGAACUUGAUUGUCAAAUUGCAGCGCUGAAAGUGAAUAUCGAUGAACGAAACAUAGCCCAAGAUUAUUUGAUUAGCGAAAAAGACAUAAUUACACGAAAUGAACGAAUGUCCAUUAUAUUAAAGCGUUCGAAAUUGGUCCGAAAGAUACAAGAACAACAUGCUGAACUGUUGGAAUUGAGCGCAACAUUGGAAUUACAACAACUCCGAACGUAUCCAACGCUAAAUGUUCCAAUCUAUCAACAAAAUCUCUAA